AUGAAGAGCAAGUUCCAGGCCAAUAUGAGCCACGAGCUCCGAAAUCUCGCGAACAGUAUGCGCCUGUCUUUGGGGCUACUGGCGGGCACCGCUAUGAAUAGCCAACAGCAAGAGUAUGCUCUAAUCAUGCAGGACUAUAUGUCUAUAAUACUGCAGAUAAUCAACAACGAGGGCGACAGCUCAAUACUGCAGCCUCGCAAGGUCUCUGUCACUUUUGAGGUCUUAAGCGUUGAGAACAUUGUCGAAGCACACAAGUCUACACACUUGGUAGAUAGCUUGGAACUAUGA